UAGAUGGCGCUCGCACGACUUCUGUUCUGAAUUUUCAAAAUGGCGGCGUGUUUGUAAAGCUUCAUGCUAACGUAAGAUCAUUUAAGAUGGAUAAGAAGAAAAAACAAUAUAAUGUCACAGCAUCGUCGCUGGUUGAUUUGAAAGCAGAGCUUUACAGGAAACAGGAGUCGUUCAAGCAGGAGAAACUUGCUCAGGAUGCAGGAACUACAUCCAAAUCACACAACCACACAAAGAAACCCAGUGUAUGGACUAAACAGAACCAAGGCGUGUCUGCACGGGCUCAGAAGGAUGUCGAGAAAACGGCAGAAGAGGAACAAAACUUAGAUAAAUCAAGGCAGAAGCUGGAGGAGAAAGCACGCCUCUAUGAACAGAUGACUAAAGGAGAUUUUCCAGACGAGGAGACAGAAAGUUUGUACCUGGUGGAUUUUACGCAGAAGAUAAUCGAGCAGAAGAAAGUGGCACAGAGCAGAGAGGCUGAAAGUGGAGACAGAGAUGGGGAAGGAACAGACCUGCACGUCCCCAUCCCACCCCCACAGAGCACUGACGAGGAAUGGGUGGACUAUGUUGAUGCGCUGGGAAGAUCAAGGAAGUGUUUAAGAAAGGAUUUACCCCAGUUUCAGAAAAUGGACCAAGAUUUACAGGGCAAGAGAGUGGUCGGAGUUGACAGGACAUUGUUGUCUGAAGACAUGAGGCGAGAGAUGCAGAGAGAGCAGUGGGAGCGGGAGGAAGAGGAGCAGAUGAAGAGGCCCGUAGGGCCCGUUCACUACGAGAACAUCCGAGAUCAAGAGGCCAGAGAUCUGGGUGUUGGCUAUUUCGCUUUUUCUCAGGAUGAAGAGCAGCGCAAAAAGCAACAGGAAACUCUGGAUAUGCUGAGAGCCCAGACCGCAGAUCAGCGCACAAAGCGUGAGAACCUGAAGGAGAAGCGGAAGGCUCUGCUCGAGGCUCGACUGGCUAAAGUGAAAAUGAGGAAGAUGAAGAAAAGCAAGAUGGAGCCCGGAGCGAAGGAGGAAGAAGCUCCUGCGCCCGACGGAGCGGUUAAAGAGGAAGAGGACAAACCCGAGCUUGUGAUCGGACCUCCAGCUCCUCCUGAAGCCGUAAGCAAAAAGGUGGAGGUUGAAAUUCAGGAGAGAAAAGACUCGAGGCCGGGAGUGCCACAUGUCAGAGAGUGGGACAGAGGAAAAGAGUUCACGUGGGGUCAGUGGACGACUCAGCGACGGGAGGAGAGGGAUUCGGAGUUUGCGCCGCCCUCUUUAUACUUCGGGGAUGAGAGACGAGCCGGUCACGGCAGGUUAACUCAGGAAGUACGAAGGGGCAAAGGGAAACCUGCCUUCAAAUGGUCUGAGGAGCAGAAGGGAUCAGAUCAGGACGGCACACAAAGACAAACUCAAAACACACACUCAUCUUUUACACCGUUCCCAAACCAGGCCUCGUUCUCACAGCCUCAGCAAACGACACAAGCACCAUCUGCACAGACCAGCGAUCUGGAUGCUCUUUUAUCCUUUUACAAAAACUCUGUUUAAGCUUUAAAGCCAGUCCGUUUCCUCCUCCAACUCGUCUCGAGUUUCAUUCCUUUGAGUCGCAUUUAGUCGCUUCACUAAACACCAACAGACUAAUCAUUAGGAGAAAGACUGAAUAAGUAGUUUUCAUUCUGUUUUAAUGGAGCUCUACAAAUUCAGAUGUUUUGAGAUCUGGACUUCAGAUCAGGUUAAAACAUAAAUAAGCAGUUUUAAUGAUGUAUUUAUGAUCAUUUUUGAAUCCUACAUGUCUGAUAAUAAAACACUUCAAACA